AUGUUAGGAACAAAUGUUGGCAAAAAGGUUACAGCAAAUUUAGUUCAGGAUCAAUAUAAUGAAUUUCUCAAAAACAAAGAUCACAAGGUAAGUUCAUCAAGAAAUUUAUAAAACCUAUGACUGAUUUUCUACAGAAUGUUGUCAAAAAACCACAAAUGACUGCGGAGGAGCGGAAAAUGGCGAAGCGGGAGGAGAUGCGGAAACGCGGAAUUAUGGUGAAGGCGGAUGAUAAAGAUGAGGCGCCGACGAUUAUUGAGAAAGGAGAUGGAGAAUUUGCACCGUGUGCCUUUAAAUUACCUGAGAAACCUGUGAAAUGGAAGAAGGGGAAAAAGGUUGGGUAAAAUUGUUUCUGACAAAAAAAUUUGCCUUGAAGCGGGAUCGAACCCAUGACCUACAGAUUAAAAGGCAUGCGUGUUUACCACUAGGCUACGCGCUCCUGUUUUUCUUGCAUGAAAAUGUUUGAUAUACGGAAACCUAAUCUGAUUUUUUCCAGAGCGAAGCUCCAAGAAAACGAGGAAGAUCGAAGGAACAAUCAGAAAAAUCGCAUGGGAGUGAAAAAGAGCAAGAGCAAAGAUCGGACAAAAAAUUCACCGAAUCUGAAAAACAGGGUGGAGAAAAGGAAAAAGGGGAGAAAAAGAAGAAGGAGAAGAAGAAGAAGAAAAAAGGAGCAUCGCAUGGAAAAGUUGAGAAUUCUACUGAUGUGAAAAAGGAGAAAUCGAAGCCGUCGGCUGUGGUUUUGAAGGAUGGAGGGAGAAAACGUGAAAAAUCACCGACUUUGGAGUUGCCAGAGGAAUCGGGUGGAUAUAAGAAAUUAGAAGUUAGUGAGGAUAAUUCAGCGAAAUCGAUUAGAAAAGCUAAAGUUGAAAGUGCAAAGGCUGCGGAUGUUUCGAAAGAUCAAAAAGAUGCUCCAGUUUUGGCUCCUGAAAAUGUUCCACCGAAACCUGAAGUUGUUGCUGAAAACCCUCCUGCUACACCACAAAAACCAGUUGAACCGGAGAAAAAAGAUGCUCCAACAUCUUCAGUUCCAGAAUCCAAAUCAAAAGAGCAAGAAGAUAAAGAGCCCCAUAAAGAGCCAAGUGGAACAAAAAUCAAGGAGAAAAUAUCGGAUUUGAGUGUGAAGACACCGACUGCGGUGACUGCGACGAAUUCGAAAACAUCGACGGUGACUGAGAGUACGAUUACACUGGAUGUUAAACAGGAUGCGUUUGGAACACUUGAUGUAAGAUUCGGUUGAAAAUUGAAGCUCAAAAAAGAAAAUAUAUGUGUGGCCGAACAAUUUCGAUGGCCGAGAAAUGUCGGGAGUUCGGCCACAUAUUUUUUAUUUUAUUUUUUCAAAAGUUUUUUGAAAAGUAAAUGCAUUUUGAGCUUGAUUCAUUGAUUCAAGUGUUUAUAAUCUGUUUUGGGGGUGAAAACAUGUAAAAGUCAUAAUUUUACAGGAUGAGGAAUUCGAAAAAGCCGCCGCAAACAUUCCAAAUCAACUCAACGAUGAAGACGAAAAGGAUAUCCUCCGCCUUGCUCCAAAAAUCCUAAAAAUCGCCAAGCGCCACAAGGCAAUGGAAAAAUGUUUGACAGCCGAAGAAAACGAAACGCUCGCCAAAUUCUUUUCGGGCAAAAAGUCGUUGACUCCCGAAGUUUUGGCGACACUCGAUGUUGCUCUCGAUAAAAUCAUUGAUCAUCUUCAUAAGAAUAAUCUGGCGAUUGAUGAGGAGACGAAAAGAAUUAUUAAACAUCGCGAUAAAUUGAAGGCGGCGAUGAUGAAGGAGUUUUUGGUGUCUCCACAGUAUUUGCCGAAGAGUUGGACAGCUAAAUUUAAUCGUAAGUAUAUUUUUUAGCGCGAAAACGAGAUUUUUUAAUUGAAAAAAGAAUUUCAGAAUGGAAAAGUGAGGCUGAAAAACAGAAAAAUGGUGUGAACUGGUUCCGAAUUCUAUUCGCCUAUCCAAAACAUAAAUCAUUUGAUGAUGGUCCGGAAGACAUAUUUGGAAAUUUCAAUAAAAGAGAUCGAGGGCUUUUGAUUGGCCUUUUUCUUGGACCUGGAGAUGUCAAAUCAUUUGAGGAAACUAAACGGGAAGAGGAUUGUCAGGGAAUGUUCCUUGAUACAAAAUUGAUUGAGCACGCUGGAAAUGAGCCGGAUUUGACGAGUGCAACGAAGACUUAUGUGAAUUUGGAGAAAAUGGAGAAGCAAGCGUCGGAACCGAAAAUAUCGGCGAAUUUGAAUAAUGAGAAAAAAGGCGCGGAAAAUGAGAAGAAGAAAGAGGAUGUGAAAGAUCCUCCAAAAGUCAAAUGA